AUAACGUCGUGCAAUAUACUACUUUAAUAUACAUAUACAUCAUAUCGGCACAACGGCAUAUCGUCGAAUCUCGGUCGUCGUGUUCGCGGUGGUCGCUUGGUGUUUAAACCUAGUGUUAACAGCCGCGUCCUCGUCAACUGUCAAGUGCUCUACGUUACCAUGGGCUGAAUCUCUCCUCUCGCGAUAUUUCGAGAAUCAACGACGAGCACGUGACGGCUGAUAAAGAAAGUCCAAGUAUUUUAACGGUGAAAAAAAAUUGUUCAUUUCUCUCUCUCUCUUUCUCUCUCUCCCUCUUUUCGCUGGUUGCGUGAACAAAGAGUUCGUUUUCCGCGACCACGAGGAACAAGUUUUCGACCGAUUUCGAGGAGAAACUGAUGUUUUGAUCGCCCGCAAUGGAGCCCGAGGAACCUCUAAUGCAAGGGAUCCUGUUGUUACCGCCACAGGGAAUGCUAGGCCAGCUCAAGAAAACAUGGCACAAACGAUUUUGCCAGCUUUUCAGGACAAGCAACUAUGGGAUCAAACGUGUAGAAAUUUAUGACAAUCAAGAGGAAGCAAUAUUACAAUCCCAUUCCCCACGUAUCAUCACGCUGGAUGCCUGUAUAAAAAUUGCUCCUAGCAAUCAGUCACAUGUCUUUACUGUGGUGAUUAAAUCAGGAGUGACACACUAUUUUGGCUGUUAUUCGGAAAUAGAAAUGACACACUGGAUUACAGCAUUCCAACUAGUUGCCUUUAAGGAUAGUGUAUCAAAUCAACUAGAAGAAAACAAUGAUCUGUAUUGCACCAGCGGAGAAGGUGUAUUUUCUGUGAAAGUUGUUGAGACAGACGCAUCUAAGCGAUGUGGAUUAGAAGCGAGAAAUUAUACGUUGGUAGUUGCAGCUGCAGAUAUGAAAUUGAUGGACGGCGAUGUUGUCUUGUUUACCUGGCCGUACAGGUAUAUUAGAAGAUACGGGUACAGAGACGGCAAAUUCAUCUUCGAGGCUGGAAGAAAGUGCGAAAGUGGCGAAGGUUCUUUUCGUUUAGAACAUAGUAGUCAACAAGAAAUUUUUCGAUGCAUGUAUGCUAAAAUGAGAUCCAUGAAAAAGUUACUGAACGAGGAGAACAAUCCAAGCAUAGAAUGCAACGAUGCUCAGUAUCAUGCGGCCUUAUCUAUGGAACCUGGUUCCAGGGCUGCUUUACCUCCUUCUUCGAAUAAUUCCAGCAACUUAAUCGACAUAGAAUUUUCUACUUCACAAAAUUCUCAAAAACAGUUAACUUCGUUGACAAGUAUAGAUUCAAUUUCAUCGAGUAGAUCGACAAAUAAAUCGAAGCCCGCCAAACCUCCGCGAAAAUAUGUGUUUCCUAAUUUGUUGGAGAAAAAGAAUCCUGAUUCAGAAUUUCUGGAUUUACCCACAUGUGGAGAAUAUAGAACUUUAAGCCAAGCUAAUUCGCCAGAAUUAUCUCACAAGACUAUCGGAGGAAGUGUUUCGCACGAGGAGGAAGGGAAAAAUCCAUACGACUUAGUAGAAAUUAGAAAUGACGCUUGGAAGACUCAUGGCAUUGAUAACGUGCAUCAUACUGAACGAAUAAAUUCGAGUUUACCCGGGGAAAGGAAUAAAGAAAACGACGAUGAUGAUAUGCAAUACGAAAUCAUGAUGCCUAUACGGAAUCACGAUGGGCCAUUUCAAAAUUCUGUCAAAAACAAAAGUGGUUCUAGCGAUUCCGCGAUCACCACAUCGUCAAUGGUAAAAAACGUCACCAAAACGGAUGAAUCAGAUUAUGAUAAGUUGGAACACUUCGGAUCCGCGCCUAAACUUGGAUAUAAGUAUACGAAUUCUUCACAAAGCAUACAUUCCAACACUUCUCACGGACAAAGUUCCAAUCUUAUUAGUUCAGCAUGGUCUAAUUACGAUAUCGUUGAAGACAUGUCGGCUGUUAGAUUAGCCGACGAUAGCCAUCUUGGUUACGGAAUGAUUCGAAAAAAGUUGGAUAUUUCCGAGACAGUUUCCACUGAUAAUACCGUAAGUAAUCCCCAGCAUAAAGUUUUUAACAAUAGCGAAUAUGCAAUAGUAUCAAAACCAAAACGGGUGUAAGCUAUUAAAAUUAUAUAUCACAUAUCAAUUCAGAGAGCAUUAUGACCAAUUUUUUAAUUUAAAUUUGAAAGGAAACUGAGUCUUAAUAAUCAUAUGUGCUAGUCUGUAUCUCUCUUAGUUAUAAUAGGAUACAAAUAUUUCUC